AUGAAGGUAAAAUGAAAGGACUCAAUAUCGCCAUCUGACGACCUUUGGGCUACUGUAUAAUGUGUCAAAUACGCGGAACAUUAAACACGUGGAACCUAAAAUUGGGGUUGAGAAGUUUGGGGACUCUUUAAGAGCGGAUCAGGCAUGUUAAUAACCACACGUCGCUGUGCGAAAGCACUGCAGCUCACCCUCGCAGUGAUCAAGCCGGAUGCAGUGGCGCAUCCUGUCAUCUUGGAGGCCCUUCACCAGAGAAUCCUAGAGAACAACUUCAUCAUUGUCAGAUCCAAAGACCUGGUGUGGAGGAGACAGGACUCUGAGAAGUUCUACUCUGAACAUGCAGGACGGUUCUUCUACCAAAGACUGGUUGAGUUCAUGUCCAGUGGUCAGAUGCGGGCCUACGUCCUGGCUAGAGAGGACGCCAUAACCCAUUGGAGAGAACUGAUGGGUCCUACCAAGGUGUUCAGGGCCCGCUAUACCUCUCCCUUAACCAUCAGAGCCCAGUACGGACUCACUGACACCAGGAAUACCACACACGGCUCUGAUUCGGCGGAGUCGGCGCGGAGGGAGAUCAGUUUCUUCUUCCCAGACUUCAGUCAGGAGACGUGGAUGGAGAGAGAGGAGCUGAGGCUCAGGAAGGGACGCAUGGAGGACAACCAGAAGAAACAGAUACACACGUUACCAGUUCCCAGCUAACUGCUGACCUCAGCACACAUUUAAACAAAUACUUGACUGGACCAGGGGCCUGCGUUCAUAAAAUAUCUCAGUAAGAGUGUACAGUAUAUAACAGUACUAGUCAAAAGUUUUGGACACACCUACUCACUCAAGGGUUUUUAUUUUUACUAUUUUCUACAUUGUAGAAUAAUAGUGAAGACAUCAAAACUAUGAAAUAACACAUAUGGAAUCUUGUAGUAUCCAAAAAAAAGUGUUAAACAAAUCAAAAUAUAU